AUGGACAAAGUGAAAGCGCUCGUCGAAAGCGCUCGCCACCUAUCGCUCCAUCCACUGGAUACCUUCCACUCCACUCUUGAUGAUCAUUUGACCAAGAUCUACAAUGCAUUCCCUGCAGACGCCACGGAGAAGGCUCACUUCUUCCAGACCACGCAGGGUGAGCCCACUCUCCAAGGCAAAUCGCCGGAGUAUCCUCUGGUUUCGAUUGAAACGUUCCGGUCGUACAUGAAAGGCGCAGCCGCAUGCGCCGAAGCUCCAGCACAAGAAGUAGACGCCGAGGCGCCGAUUUCGGACUAUUUUAUUUCCUCAAGUCAUAAUACUUACUUGACAGGCAACCAGCUGUACAGUGAUGCCGCUGCGAGUGCUUACACUUCUGUACUGCUGCGCGGAUGUCGAUCGGUUGAGAUCGAUGUCUGGGAUGGGCUGCCAGAAGACUCGGGGUCGGAAGGCAGUGGCCCGAGCAGCUCGGACAGUGCUUCAGAGGAAGCUUCCAAGGGCGCCCCGAAGGCAAGCUUCAAGGAAAAGAUCAUGUCCAGGCUCGAGUCCCGGGAAAAUCCUGGAUCGGGCCUCACGCGCUCUGUUUCGAAGCAAUUGAGCAAGAGAUUGAGUUGGAAGGUCGAUAAACCUCAGACAGAUAGCUCGGUCACCACAACAUCCAUCGAGCCUGUAGAGAAAGCUCCCGUGAAGGCAGAGCCUCGUGUGUUACAUGGCCACACGCUCACCAAGGGGACUACUUUUCGUGAGAUCUGCUAUGCAAUCCGCGACAGCGCUUUCGUCACCAGCGAUCUCCCAAUCAUCAUCAGCUUCGAAGUCCAUGCCAACCUCGAACAGCAACAGAUGAUGGUAGAUAUUAUCCACGAAGCAUGGAAGGGCCAUCUAGUCGAAGUCCCCGAGGGCACCGACCCGGAUGCCCAGCCCAAACUAUCUGAGCUGAAACGAAAGAUCCUGAUAAAAACAAAAUCGACCGCCGUGAAGAAAGACACCCCGGAAUCCUCCCCACCCGCAAACAAAGGAAAAGAGGUCCUCGACACCCCCGAUGCAGCAGGCCCCGAGACCGACGCAGAAGCGGACCCCGAAGACGCAGCUCACAAAGCCAAGCCCAAGAAGGUGCUGGAGGCCCUCGCCAAGAUGGCCGUAUACACCCGUGCUUACCAUUUCAGCCACUUCGACCAACCUGAAGCGAAAGUCCCCAAUCACGUCUUCUCGCUCUCCGAAAAGGCUGCCCGCGAGGCCCAUGUGACGCAUCGUGACACACUCUUCGAGCAUAACCGCAGCGCCCUCAUGCGCAUCUACCCGUACGCCUUCCGCGUGACCUCCUCGAACCUCGAUCCCACCUUUUACUGGCGGCGGGGCGCGCAGCUCGGCUGGCAGCUCAAGCCGCCCGGUUACCGCAGCAUUAGGCGUGCAGUGGAGGUGUUCGCAGCGCAGGACUUGGCACUGCCGCUCGGGCAUACGGAGAAGGGAUUCUCACCGUAUUUGGUGGUGCAGUUGCAUGUUGAGGAGCCGGAGGUGGAAGGUAGUAGUGAGGGCGAUGAUGCGAGUUCGGAUACCGAGAAGAGUAGUUAUCGGCGGCGCUCGAGGAACGGAGCGGGGAGAUGUCCUGAUUUCGAAGGGCAGAAGCUGGUCUUUCCUGCUGUAGUGGGCAUCGUGGAAGAGCUGAGCUUUGUCAGAUCGAUCGAUCGCGGGAAUCGCGCCUCGACUGACAAACUUCCAGAUUUAAAAUUAAAGAUGACGAAUUCGGCCGCGACCCCCUGGCCGCGUGGGCCUGCAUCCGACUCGACCGCUUACGAAAUGGAUACAGACUCGUCCAUCUACGAGACGCAACGGGUGAACGGACAGGCGGCGUGCUUUUGGUGCGGGUCACCAAGGUCAUCUCCUGAG